AAAAAAGGUCUCGGGGUUGUCCGGAAUCUACAGCUCUCGAAUUCCUCCGGAACGUAGUGCUCGCGUGGCCGUGCGGUAUCGUGUGAAAAUGGUUCGGGGUUCCGACCGGUGGUUCGUUGCGUUUGGUUCCGGCCGCUAGGGCGCUCAUCCGUGUUGCUGUAUAUCUGUGUUUGAUAAAGUGUGUUGUACCGCCCUCGCCCCCUCUAUCUCUCUCUGUCCCUCCCUGCCUCUGUCUCUGUCUCUCCCUAAGUGUAUAGUACCAAUAUACCCCACUCGGGCAGAGAGUAGUAGUAGAAACAGAGCGGCAGAGUUGUGACCUCCUCCUGAUAGCGGCAACGGCAGCCCAUCAUCUUCCUUUUGGACGACGACGACGGCGGAAAAUGUGCGUAAUUGGAUCACCAGCUAAUUGAUGGAACACGGCCGCCACAGAUGACGACGACAGCAGUCGGCCAGUCGAAACCACCAGCAGAAGCAGCAAACGGGAAGACAACGCUUCUUCCCCAAAGACCGUGAUAACGCGCGCAUUUGAAUAUGUAUUUGUAAAUGAUUAAUUAAUCAAGGCUGGUUUUGUUGCGAGAGCGAGAAGAAAUAGUGAUUGUGAAACUCGCGUGUGUUAAUCGUUAUUGUUGAAAGCCGGGACACAAACCACAAAUUGAACAUUGUUGGGAGAUUGGAAAGGAAGAAAGAAUAAACUUUGAAUCGUGCCCGUUUAUUGACCCCGUUUUUUGAGGGACUUUUGUGUGUUUUUGUUCGUUUGUUUUUGUUACGUUACGUUACGUACUGUGAAUCGCGAAAAUCUCCAACUCUCCGGAGAGUGAAGAGCGCGCGGGAAGUGUUUGUGGAAGCAAGGAGCAGAAACAGGAAGACAUAAUUGAAACUACGGACCGAGCCGGUGGUGGUGUGGGUGCCUACCGUCCCAAGCGCUUUUCGAUGGUAAAGGCACCGGUGUUAACCUCCGUGCCACAGCAGCAGCAGCAGCAGCAGCAACAGCAGCAUCAUCAGCCACAACAUUUUCAUCAAUUUUCCCUGCCACCUCCGCCGAUCCUCAGCGGAACCUCCAGCAGCGCCAAAAGCGGCAGCCGGAGUUCUGGAAAGAUGGCCAGUGGAGGAAGUGGAAUUUCGGUGACAACGACGACCGCGGCCGCAAUUGCCGUGGUGGCCCCGACUGCUCGAACAGUCCAAGUUUCGACGGCAUCGUCCGCCAACGGUGGCGGGGCCGGAGCCGCGCCGGUCCUGUCGAUUCAGCAGGCCGGCGCCGCGGUUUCGUUGAAGACACCCACGUUGCAGGCGCAAAGACUUCAACCGUUGCACCACGUCCAUCACCACCACCACCAUCAGCUGAUCAAUGGUAUCGCAACGGUGGCCACGGCCGCCGCCCCUCCGACAGCGGCAGCCCUUCCGGCAAAUGCAGCCGCCGGCGUAGGUCAUCCCGCGGCACCGGCCACCGCCACUUGGCCAAUCGUGGAGCCGGUUUUCCACUUUGGACCAGGCUUUGAACCGCAAACGCGACCCUACUGUCCGGCUCAUUCGCAACCGUCGGAGCACGUGGUGCUGUUUCACGUCAACCCGGGAGUAUCGGUGACGUUCCAGAUUGGCAACAGCCGGGAAAUUAUUCGAGGUCCAGUGACCGUGCCGAUGGUGUCACAGAACGGUACUCCUCCGAUGGCGAUGCCGGUGCAGGUUCCGCCGGGCCACGUCAUGCAGCAGAUCGUGGACGAAAAUGGCACGCUGCGGCACGUCAUCCUCUCCACCCAGCACCAGCAGCUCGGCCAGGGCGGUGUCCAGCAUCAUCUGCAUGGACAUUUUAUUAAUGGUACUACACCGCAGUACUUUAACCCGCUGGCCGCUGGCUACCAGGCGGGACCGGGUCCCGGGGGACCCCACAUCUACCAGUCGCCCCUAAUUACGGGUGGUGGACAGGCUGCGGCGGCGGCGGCGGCGUCCGGAGGUGGGGCUGGAACCCACACCAUCCACACGGCGGCCGGGGCCCAGCAGUCCAACGUGACCCACUCGCCGUCACCGCCCCACUCCAACAACAACCAGUACCACAAGGACGAACGAACCCAGCGGCAGCACACCAAACUGCUGCGAAAGCUCGAGCAGAAGCACCGCGAAGUACUGAAUGCCGCCCUUACGACGCAGCUGCCGCCCUCGCCGCGAAAGCACACCGAGGUCAACGGGAACGCACGUAAGCAUCAGCAGAACCAACAGCAGCAGCAACACCUUCAACUGCAUCAACAACACCCGCUGCACUUGCAUCCGGGACUGCUCCAACAGCAUCCGCACCUCCAUCCGCAGCAGCAGAACCCAAACCAGAACCACCAGCAGCAGCAGCAGCCACAUCACCGUAACGGAACGUCCUCGCAGGACACGUCCGAGGACGGUGAAGAGUCUUCCAGCAUGCCGGACGAAGAGGACGACAACACGCAGAGCAUCGUGGAACACCUGAGCUCGGUGCCGUCGCCCCAGGUCAACGAAAUUACGUCCCGAUCGGCGUUGUUCCAGUGGGCGGCGCCAAGUCCGUUGCCCCCGCACGAGUCGCUCCCGUUCAACGUGCACGACCUGCACUACGAGCUGCUGCUGAGCGAUCCGGGCAAGGAGAACAAGUACAAGAGCAUCUUCAAGGGCAGCUCGCUCAGCUGUAUGGUGCAGGAUCUGCGACCGGGCCAGGAGUACACCGUCCGGCUGCAGGUCUACCUCGAGCAGCUGCACGGCUCACCGACGGAAGCGUCCACGUUCAACACUCCGCCGUGCGAACCCGACACGCCCAAAACGCCCACGUUGAUUGCCCGAACGAAGAACUCGCUGCAGCUGCGUUGGAACGCCGCCGUCGACAACGGGUCGCACAUUACCAACUACAUCCUGGAGUACGACAACGGCAAGUACAACGGAAUGAUCCACCUGAUCAACGCCCAGAACUGCGACUUUGUCGAGGUGUGCAAAACCAAGGGCAAACAGUUUACCGUGAACAAGCUGCACCCGUCAAUGUGCUACAUCUUCCGGCUGUCGGCGGUCAACGAGUACGGUCGCAGUGGCUACUCGGACUUGGUCAAAUUCAACACUGCCGGCAAUCCGCCACCACAACCGGCACCGCCAACGUUGCAGCACGCGACGGCCGCCUCGCUCAAACUGGCCUGGCAGCGACGAUCGCCGAGCGAAGGCUUCACGCUGCAAAUGAACGACCUGGACCUGGGCUACGGGUACAAAAACAUCUACACCGGGAUGGACACCGUGUACGAGUGUGUAGGUUUAAGACGAGCAACGACAUUCCAAUUUAGGGUAAAGGCCGAAAACGAAAAUGGCCAGAGUCCGUUCAGCAAGGAGGUGGUGUUCAAGACUCUGCCGGCGUGCCCUGGCCGGCCAACGAAACCUCAGGUGAAGGGAAAGAUUCACGCAACAGCAUUUAAGGUCAAGUGGGACCAACCGAUGGACACGGGCGGUGCCGACAUCCAGCUCUACCAUCUGGAAAUCAGCUCCGGUGCAAUGUACGAACGGAUAUACAGCGGCAAAGAGUCGGAAACGAUGAUCGAGCGGCUUAGCCCGGGAACGGCGUACCAAAUCCGCGUACUUUGCGAAGGACCCGGAGGAAUAAGCACCUUCUCGGAACCAUCCACGGUAACGACGGAACCGGUCGCCCCACGGCCACCCCAACGACCGUACUGCAGUGGUGCACCAACGCCGUACGCCGCCUGUCUCAUGUGGGACAAACCGGACUACAACGGCGGAGCGCCAAUCCUCGAGUACGAAAUGGAAGUCGAGUUGACGAACAAAACACGCCAAUCGUGCUAUCGCGGCAAGGACCUCUUCUGCGUAGUGAAAGACCUCCGACCGGGUGAGAUGUACACGGUCCAGGUCCGUGCGUACAACCGCAUCGGAGCCGGCGAGUGGUCCGAAGAGUACAGUUUCCACGCGGGAGCAGCACCGCCAAACGCUCCCAAAGAGCUGACCAUCACGCUGAAAUCGCCAACCCAUCUAACUGUGAUCUGGGACGAACCGCACUGCAACGGAGCGCCAAUCAGCGAGUACAUCCUCCAGUCGAGUACCGCACCGGACGCCGAAGCGGAACAGUCGCUCUUCCAAACCGUCUAUCACGGCCAGCAGCGAACGGCUGAGCUGAAAAAUCUCGCACCAUUCACCAACUACCACUUCCGGGUUUGCGCGGUCAACAGUGCCGGCAGUUCCCGCUACUCGACCACAUUCUCGCAAAAAACGCCCGCGGCACCGCCCAACGUGCCCGUCCUCGGGCAGCACAAAAUCACGGCCAAAAGUAUACUUAUCUGCUGGGAGACCCCGCAAUCGAACGGAUCCCAAAUCACCCAUUACAACAUUGAGUGCGGCGAUCGGGUCAUUACGAGCGAUGCCGCUUCAACCUUGUGCCGAAGCACGCGAACCCGCACAAGCGGCGAUCACUCCAAGCGAUCGGCACGACGCGACGAAGAAGACGACGAAGCAGUCUCCGAUGCCGACGAGGACGACUCGGACCCCGAGGAGGAGGAAGAAGUCGAGGACGAUGCGUCGGAAGCGGCCAGCAUUGCCAGUGCCACGCUCGCCGAAAAAGCAAACCGCAACGAACUGCUCAUCGAAGACCUCCACCCGGAGAGUGUGUACAAGCUGCGGAUACAGGCCGUCAACGAGAUCGGCACCGGACCCUUCUCCGGAUACAUCAAAUUCACCACAGCACCACUGCCACCGAAACCACCAAAGCUGGAGUGCAUCCAGCAUGGCUUCUCGCACCUGAAGCUGCGCUGGGGCGAAGGCAAGAACCUCGUAGAUCUGGCCCGGUACUACGUCGAGCUGGAAAACGCCCGCACCGGCGAGUACCAGAACGUGUACACGGGAACGCGAAGCACCUGCAAGGUGAUGAAACUGCACGAACUCACCCCGUACACGUUCCGGAUAGCGGUCAAGACCAAGCACGCCGGCAUGGGCGAUUACUCGGAGGAUUUCGUGUUUGUGACGAGUGCGGCCACGCCCAACACGAUCAAAGCGCCACGCGUUUACAUCGAACCACUGAACGGCGGCGGAAGUGGCAACAACUCGCCCGCCCAUCCACCCUCGUCGGUCAACGGAAGCGUUAGCAAUCUGAACACCAUUGUCCAGGGAAGCACCCAUCUGACGACGGGUCAGACGACGGCUGCGGGAGGAGGAGCAGGAGGAGCAGGUGUGCUGACGAUCGAGUGGCAGACGAGCCGAAACAAUCCGUUUGCCGAUGCGAUCGAGUACGUGCUGCAGAUCGCCAAGAGCAAGGACCAGGACUUUCAAGAGGUUUACCGCGGUCCGGAGACGCGUUACACCAUCCACAACCUGAGCUACGGCGUCGGUUACCUGUUCAAGGUGUGCCCGAUCCGCAUCCGGUCCAACGGGGAGGAAAUCUACGGCGUAUUUUCGCCCUCGUUGCACCACCAGCUGACACCGCACCGGAUCUCGUCCGCAAUGCAUGGUAGCCACUCGCGCUUCAACGGGUCCGGUCACGAUGAUGUUGAUGGUGGCAGCGGAACGGCGGGCACCCACCAGACACGGACGCUGUACGCCGGCAACGUGGUCAACAGCCGACACGAGCUGAUUCUGCGCAAUCCGGCCGUUGGUGCUGGCCACCAACAGCAUCAGCAUCAGAACCAACACCAACACCACAGUUCCGCAUCGGCACAAAGUCUGCUGGCGCUGCCCAGGGGUGGAAAUCUGGUCCAGACCGUGUCGGAGCUGUUGGAGGCGGACUCGAGCAAGGCGGUCGUGUGCGUUCUGCUGUUUAUCGUGCUGUCGGUGAUUGUGGCCGCGUUUCUCAACUCGACGAACCAUGGGCGGAGGACACCAUCCGGAACCGAAGGUCUACAUCUCGGACAAGAUCCCCGACUCGCUGCGCAAGAGCAUGCAGACCUUCCAGGCCAAAAACGAGAUUCCGGUGUUUCUGAAGGGCGGACCGGCCGACAAGGCGCUCUUCCUGACCACGGUGGCGCUGUGCGGAAUCGGCAUUCUCGGCGUGCUGCGAUUCGUCUGGAGCGCUGGCUUCGCCUCCAAGAAGAAGUAAGAAGUGUUGGUGAUGGUGGUGAUAUUCUCUCUUGUCCAAUGAAAGAUUCUGAAUAGAUCAUGUAUGUAUAAAAACAGAA